CUCAUGGGUUCUCCCGCGCAGGUUCAAAUCCUGCUGUUGACGCGACUUCUUUUUGCACACUUCUAUACCCGAUACUGUCUUUAUCCGCAUUGCAUCUCACUUGGUGCUGCAGGAGAGUAAGCUCUCAUAUUCCUCCUCUUCUUUUUUCCUCGCUGCUUUAUUACAUUGCAUUGCCCAUUAUAGUACUUUCUCACUUUGUGUCCUCAAUUCCGCAACGACGACAGCCUUGCUUGUUCGCAGAAAGGAUCUUUUGUUUAUUCAGAAACACUUGUUUUCAUCAGCACUGCGAUCAGGACACCGGAAUUCGUCAAAGAAAGCCUUCACCACCUUUCUGUGUUGGCGAUUGCUUGGAAUAAGCAACCCUGCGACUCUGGAGCUUCAUGGCCAACUGCCGAUCAAACAUGCUGUCGUCUACAUCACCUGUGAUGCAGAAACCAGCAACGUCGGUUACCUCUACAGGAAGAUACAGCACCGCCUACCGCCGUCUUCACCAGCAGCAGUACGACGCUAACCAGGAACAAGAGUCCCUGCCUCCACAACCACAGCCUCAGCCCCAGACUCCAGCACACACGGCAGGGCACAGUCAAGAAUCUAACGCAUCACACCUUGAUCCAGAAACUGAACAGGAGCAGGAAGCAGCGACUGAAAUGAUUCCAGGAAGGAUAUCCAAGCUUGAUUCAUUGCCGUCGUCCACAAUGUCGUCUAAGGACAGGCGACCCUCUAUACUGCUGCACUUUCGACCAAAGGACUCUGACAUUCAGCCGCGACAAGACAAAGCAUCCACCAUCCCUACUCCCCCUCGUUCAGGCGCGGACAUGGAUGUUACCAACACUGGUCAACAUGAGAAUAACGAUCUGGACUCUGGCCCUCAGGAAGGAAGACUCAUUGUGCGAUUAGACUUGAGAAAGCUUGGAACAGCCCUAGGAGACGUCCGACGAACGAAAAAGCCCUCGCAACGACGACAUACCAAACAUAUGGCUGCAGAAAGCACGCCGAAAAACGGAAUGGAUUCUUCAACUGUACAAACAACACUGAGUGCCAGUUCAUGGAGCGCGGCCAAGCCAGCACCAAAAUCUCCUGCGGCAUCCGACCCUGCUCCGGAAUCAGGGACAAAGCCUUUGCAUUUAUAUCACACCGCAGAAAGUUCCUCAGUCGAUAUCACGGACGGACAUGACCCCGCCUCAACCUCACCCUCCGUGACAGCGAUCAAUGGUCACUCAACGCCCGAAAAGCUCUCUGUGCCAGAAUAUUCUGUUUCACUCGAGUCCGACAGUUGUGCAGCAGAUGGAGCACAAUCUGACGUACAAGCCAUCGAUUGCAACGAUUACGUUAUUAAUGGUCCAAAGGCUAUGAAGAGACAAAGUGCAGCCAGAGUGUUGCGGGACCACGUCAGCAGAAAACGCUCCAAGACUCCUGACCAAGGUGCUACCAAAAGGAAAAAGCUGGAUCAAGAGACAAAGGGAUUACAACAAGGAUUGCCUACUGUAAACAAGGAACCCACACAAAAGCAAGUGCCUAAGACACGUACGAAGGGCGUGGCUCCGUAUUCCGAUGUGGUCUCUAUAACGGGCGAUGAACUUGCUCUCAAGUAUAACAACGACUAUUGCGAAGCGUGCCUGGGUCUGGGCGAGUUCAUUUGUUGCGAUUCUUGUCCCAAGGCAUUCCAUUUUUCGUGCUGCCAACCUCCCGUGGACCCCAACGAUCUUCCAGAUGAAUGGGACUGCAACGAAUGCCGUGCAGCAAAGAAUCCACCAGCGCCAAGUGCUCCAGGGAUCUUCAAGGAUCUCUUAGACAAUGCAAAUAGAAGCAACCCAAGGGCGUUCGUCUUACCGCCAGAGGUCCAAUCCUUUUUCGCAGGAGUUACAGCCAACAGCGAUGGCGAGUACGAAGAGAUAUCGGACCAGAAGCCAAAAUCAAAACGCAAGAAUACAACUCCGUUGCCCUCAGGGCUGUCACGAGCAGAGGAAAGGGCGUUGCAGCUGGAGGACGCUCAGGGCAAUAUCCGGCUGUGCUACCGGUGUGACAAGAGCGCUGUGGGCGGUCAAUGGAUGAUAAGCUGCGAUCAUUGUCCGUUGCAUUGGCAUCUGGAUUGUCUAUCGCCACCAAUGGCUUCUCCGCCUCCUAUUUCGCGCAAGUGGAUGUGUCCAAAUCAUGUGGAGCAUGUUCUGCCACGGCAAAGAAAGAGAAGGGACGCGGUUCCUAUUCAAGUAGGUGACCCUAGUGCAUCUAAUGACGGCAAUAUCGAGGUGAUAUCCGAACCGGACACAGAAACACGAAAGCGAUCGAUAUGGGACACAGAUACCAGUGGUGUGUUGUUCAGGGUUCCGGAACGGAGUAUCAAACUAAGCUUUAUCGAAAAAUGUCAAAGAGUCAGGGAAUCAAAAGCGGAGGCGAGAUUGAAUCAACAAGCCCGUGCAGCAGCGGAGCAAUCUGCAUGGCGAUUCAACUUGUUGGUCGCAGCAGUGAUGGCAAAUGACCAAGGCCCGGAUUCGACGCGUUCGGUCGAUCAUAGCGGUGAUCAAGACCAAGUUCAAGAUCAGGGGCAUUCGAACAGGGAAAGUAUACAGGAUGCUGUUUUGGAUCGAUUGACAGACCCUGCAGAGCGGCAGGAAUACAUGCGGUUCCGUGCUUUCCAACGGUAUCUUCGCGAACAUGGCGCUGAGGAGGCCAUGAAGCAGUGGUUGGGGCAGCAGCAGAUUGAGAAGGAACGAAUUGCUAGCGAAGGGCUGUUAAAUCUGUGAUCCAUUCUUGUCAUCGUGUGUCUUAGUUUUUUUUUUCACAAUGUCAUGACUUUUGUAGAUAGUAUGUUCUCUGUUGCAGUUUUUCUCUUUUUUUUUUUUCUAAUUUGUUCAUGUGUAAAGUACUGCCUACAACAGAACCUAGAAAGGCGCCGU